UCGGUGAGAAUGAAGUGUUGACAGCGGGAUCACAAAGUGCUGCUGCUCGAACAGACGCAGGGAAAAUGCCGAUUUCUUUUUCACACAUAACUUAGUUUGAGUCUUGUAAAUGUAUCCGGACAUGAAGGACGGUUUGUUUCCGCUGCACUGAUUCAUAAGACCAGACGAAACAGGAGCGAAGCGAGGAUGAACUCAGGCAUGUACAAGCCGCCUCUGGCCCCUAAACCAAAGCUGGUGCAGCCCCAGACGCCGGGGCUGUCUCCCUCAACCCCCAGAAGAGAAGGCCUCUCUAUCCCUUCUCCGGGCACACCCAGAAAGGUUAAACCAGUACUGGCCCCUAAACCCAGCUUCUCCAAACUCACCAGCGCUGUGGAAUCCAAACCUCUCGUUUCAAAGAGCCUGCUCCAAACAUCUGUAACAGGAAACCCUCGGACCGUUGGUCUACUGAACGGCCAAAAUGGAAUACAGCAAGAAAACAAAAAGCCAGAUUGGGAUUAUAUUAUUCCUAUUUGCUUGUGUAGCCAGGAAAACUGCCAGUGCAUCAGGAACACAUCAGCAAGCAGAGACAAAAUGGAGAAAGACUUGAAAACACUGCACAAAGGUAAAGCUGAAGAAAACAGGAAGCUUCUCCCUACAUCUCAAGGUGUCGUGGACGGCAGGGAGAGAACAGACGCUGUCAAGAGCCAGGUGACGAGCGCUAACCCUCCACAAAAUGUUUGUCUACUGCCUUCACCCACCAAUACCCACCUCACUAACCAUAAACCUCUACAAGAGAUGCUUACUUUGGACAAAAAUCUCAACACAGACAUCAGUACCUCAAGUCCCGUGGUGAGAGUUAGGCCGUCUCUUCCUCACAGAACAUGGAGCGAUGAGGUAAAUGGUAACGUGAUACCUCAGAGUGCACCUGGGCGAGGACCAGAGGAAGAUGCUCUUGGCUCAGAGCAAAUACUUAGUGUGCCCCAGAGCAAACCAGUCCCAGCAGCCCCUAGGAAACCCGUCCCUGUACCACGGAAACCCAAGACAGCUGUUCUGGUUCGUCAGGAAAAGGUGGAGAUGGAGAGGGAAGAGAUUAUAAACCAGGAAGGGAGGGAAAUGAACGUCAAAGAGGUGAGGGUGUCAUCAGAGAGGAAGGACAGCUCAUCCCUGUCUGUCAGUGUACCUGUUAGUGAAAACAAGCAGCCAAUUGUUCUGCCUCUGAGAAAGGCCUGUGCUCCACCAGCCCCUCCACCCAAGAAAAAGCCUUUUCUGUCUGCACCUGAGAAAGUGCCAACCUCUGCUCCUGAAACGCUGCCAAAGGAUGUGGAUGAGGAGGAUCUGGGUUGGGACAGCAUCAUCUAUGAGAUGGAGAUAUCAGUGGACAAGGAGGAUGAAGAGGUGGAGAGGGAGAUGGAAGGAGAGGAGGAUCAGAAGGCGGUCUACAGUGACCUCACACGUUGUCCUCCUCAUAACAGUUUGCUCAGUCACCCGGAGAUCAGACAGCCUCCUGCGAUCACCGUGGCACCACAGGAUGGGGUGGUCAAGGUGCGUCCAACGAAGCCACAGAGACACAGCAGCCCGAUGCCAUUCACGCAGAGACAGGACUCCUCUGAGGAGACAGAAGAGGGGAAAUUAGGAGAUAAUAAGAAACGACAUGCCCUUCCCAGACAAGAUAGUGUUUUUCAGGGGAGAGUGAUGAGGGAGCUGCCUUUGCCUCCAGAUGGGAAAACAAGCAGAGACCUCUUAACAGCUGGAAUCAAGCCUUUGCGGGGCAGCUUGGGGAAACAGAAAGCCAAGUCAUUCUCCACUGCUGACCUCACUCGCUCUGAAGGACAGAGGAAAACCUCUUUCCGGAAACUGCUGGACUUGAAGCUCUCAGUGAAGAUGCUGCCCAAGCUGAUAGUAAGAGGAAGCCAGAGCUCCGACUGCACCGGGGAUGAUAAUGAACAAAGUGUGGACAAGGACCAAGAAGCAUGUCAGAACUUCCCAGAGAGUCUCAGGGCUGAACGUAAAUUCUCCUGCCCUCUGAUUGGAGUAGAGCAAAGCGUGGAUGGAGAUGAUUGUUUCCAUGAAAUAGAUGAGGCUGUUCACUAUGAGAACGUUCGUCACUAUGAGGAGAUACCAGACUACAUUAACGUUCACGUGGGGAAGGCGGGGUCAUCUCCUCAGGCCUCCCUCUCGCAGCCCUCGGCCUGGGACAGUGAAUUGUAUAACGAUGAGGGCAUUUACGAGGAGCAGGAGCCAUAUAUGUCCUUCGAGAAAAACACUGGACACCAACAGUGUCAGACACCUACAGACUAUGAAAGAUUCCUGUCUGGGGUGUGUGACAAAAACUCUGCCAAUGAGGAAUCUGCACCCCUGAGUGAUGGUCCCUCGGAUGAUGACAUCGCGGCCAACAUCUCGUCCUCAGAUGAGGAGGACAACGAUAGCAGCUCCAUCUCAAGUAAAGGAGACCCUGAGCAGCCGGAGGAGAGUACGACGCAGAGUGGACAGAAGAAGAAUAAGAUUCACCACAUCGCUACUGAAAUCAUGUCCUCCGAGAGUGUGUUUGUUGAUGUCCUGAAGCUGCUUCAUGUUGACUUUCGGGAUGCAGUGUCUAAAGCAUCUCGUCAGAACGGGAAGCCUGUGAUUGAGGAGCGUCUUCUCAACCAGAUCCUUUACUACCUCCCACAACUCUACGAACUCAACCAAGACCUGCUGAGAGAGCUGAAGCAGAGAUUGGCCAAAUGGGAUGAGAAUGCACAGCUAGCAGACAUUUUCCUGAAGAAAGGGCCUUAUCUGAAGAUGUACUCCACUUACAUCCGCGAGUAUGACAAGAAUGUGGCUCUACUGGAAGAGCAGAGUAAGAGAAACCCAGCAUUCGGAGCUGUAGUACGGGAAUUUGAGACCGGUCCACGCUGUGCCAACUUGGCUCUGAAGCAUUACCUGCUGAAGCCUGUUCAGAGGAUUCCUCAGUAUCAGCUGUUGUUCACAGACUAUCUAAAAAACCUAUCUGAGGACUCAGAUGAUUACACGGACACACAAGCUGCCCUUGCUCUUGUAAAAGAGGUGGCCAAUCAUGCCAACGACAUCAUGAAACAAGGGGAUAAUUUCCAGAAGCUGAUCCAGGUGCAGUGCAGUCUGAAUGGCCACCAUGAGAUAGUCCAGCCAGGACGGAUCUUCCUGAAGGAGGGUUUCCUGAUGAAGCUAGCAAGGAAGGUCAUGCAGCCCCGAAAGUUCUUCCUGUUCAAUGACACUCUGCUGUACACCACUCCUGUUCAGUCAGGCCAGUACAAGCUCAACAACAUGCUGUGUCUGGCUGGGAUGAGGGUUAGCAAACCAAGCCAAGAGGCCUAUCAGAAUGAGCUGAACAUUGAGAGCGUGGAGCGCUCCUUCAUUCUCUCUGCAAGUUCAGCCACAGAGCGAGAUGAAUGGCUUGAGGCCAUCUCCACAGCGAUCAGUGACUACACCAAGAGGAAGAUCAGUUUUAUAUCAGGAAAACCUCUAGAAGAGGUGGAACUGAGCGAUAGUGGUGAUGGUGCACCUUUAGGAUCCAAAGCCCCAAUAUGGAUCCCUGACCCGCGGACCACCAUGUGUAUGAUCUGCACCUGUGAAUUCUCCCUAACGUGGAGGAGACACCACUGCCGUGCAUGUGGAAAGGUGGUGUGCCAGUCCUGUUCCGCCAACAAAUACCGUCUUGAAUACCUAAAGAACCAAUUAGGACGAGUGUGUGACCAGUGUUUCUAUGUUCUUCAUGAGCAGACAAAUGAAAGGUCUCUAUCAUCAGCUGUAUCCCCUGGAAACAGAGCUACCUUCGCUUUCUCCAGGAAGCAGAAGAAGAUACCUGCGGCACUCAAAGAGGUGACAGCAAACACAGACAACUCAUCCAUCAGUGGGUAUCUGCAGAGGUUCAAGGGCAAUAAGAAGCAGGGGAAGAGGCUGUGGUUCGUCAUCAAAGACAAAGUCUUGUACACGUAUGCUGCAAGUGAGGAUGUUGCAGCCUUAGAGAGUCAGCCCCUGUUGGGAUUCAUGUUGAUAGAAGAUUCAUCUGAGACGUUACAGUUUAAGCUCUAUCACAAAAACACACUUUACUACAUUUUUAAAGCUGAAGAUGAACAAACAGCCCAGAGAUGGAUCAACUCAUUCAAAGAAGCCACGGUGCUUUAAUGCCUUCAGACCACGUGUGAAGUUAUUCAGCAGACUUUCUCACCGUUGCCUGAAAAUGUUUUACCUCAGUGCUCUCUGAAUACUGCAAAAAGUAUCCAGAGGCGCCACGUGAAAUUACAUACAUACAAAGUAAUGUACUGCUUUCAUCAGAUUUACCUGAGUUUACAUAGUUUUUAGAGCACUCCUGUGAAGGUAGGAAUGAUCCAUUUUCAUUUUUGUAUGUUAACAUGAAUCUUUUCCACCAGGUUUUAUGUAGUUUUGGCCACAGCUUAAGAAUGAUUCCACAAUCAUCUGUAGCUUUUUUAGACUUUUACGCUUUGAUUUUGUUGCUACAUCUUAAUUUAUUUGUUUAGUAACCUGCUUGGAUCUCCAUACCACAGAUUUGUCAGUAAAAACCGUUGUCUAUAGAUUUGUAAUAAAGAUAAUUUUGAUCCGCAUGUACCCAAUAAUAGUCGAAACAAAUCAUGUUGAUGUGACAUGACAAUGUGCACUCCUCAUGCUUGUAGGUGAAAUUUUCACCUUACAUUAGUAAGCCUUUCUGUAACUUUGAGUCUCACCUUAAGUCUUAAUGGUGUAUCAGGGGAAUAUUCACUGUUUGGACAUACAGUAAGUGUACUUUGACAUAAUUGUACCAUAAUGUGUUUUGCACUUGAGUCACUCAAAUGUCUGUACAUAGAUUUCAUCCCUACACACAUCAUUUGUAAAUAUAGAUAAUUGUAAAUGAAAUGUUAUUAAAUGUCCAUGAAUCUCA